AUCUCACGGCUUGACGAUCGGGGGCAAAGCCUCGGUCUUCAUAGAAAAGGAGAGGAGGCGAACGCAGCCCAAACUGGGGGGUUUCUCUUCAAAGCCAGCUGGUCUGGCUUUAUUCUACAGGAAUUUUUUUACCUGUCAGAGUUUGGACAACAAAACCCUCAGCAGGCGCUGACGGGUACAACUUCCUGGAGAAGCAAGAAAGGCGCUGGUGCCAAAGAGUUGUAAACUGUGAAGUAACUCCUAUGAAGAGAUGAAGUAAAGAAUGGAAAACAAAUGAUGGUAGCAGCAGAGAAGGGUAUGUGCAGGAACGAAUGCAGGAAUUUUGGAAGUGAGCUGAGCAAGUGCUGAAGAAGGAAAUUUGUUGGAAGGAAACAGGAAGGAGAAAGAAAAGGAAGGAAAAAAUACAUAAUUUCAGGAACGAGAGAGAGAAGAAAAACGGGGACGAUGGGGAGAAAAAAGAUUCAGAUUACGAGGAUUAUGGAUGAACGUAACAGACAGGUGACAUUUACGAAGAGGAAAUUUGGGUUGAUGAAGAAGGCUUACGAGCUGAGCGUGCUGUGUGACUGUGAGAUCGCCCUGAUCAUCUUCAACAGCACCAACAAGCUGUUCCAGUAUGCCAGCACCGACAUGGACAAGGUGCUGCUGAAGUACACGGAGUACAACGAGCCGCAUGAGAGUCGGACAAACUCAGACAUCGUGGAGACAUUGAGAAAGAAAGGCCUUAAUGGCUGUGACAGCCCAGAUCCCGAUGCGGACGAUUCAGUAGGUCACAGCCCUGAGUCUGAGGACAAGUACAGGAAAAUUAACGAAGAUAUUGAUCUAAUGAUCAGCAGGCAAAGAUUGUGUGCCGUUCCACCUCCCAACUUCGAGAUGCCCGUCUCCAUCCCAGUAUCCAGUCACAACAGCCUGGUGUACAGCAACCCUGUCAGCUCCCUGGGAAACCCCAACCUUCUGCCUCUGGCCCACCCGUCUCUGCAGAGGAAUAGCAUGUCUCCUGGCGUGACACAUCGACCUCCAAGUGCAGGCAACACAGGUGGUCUGAUGGGUGGAGACCUUACAUCCGGUGCGGGCACCAGCGCAGGGAACGGGUACGGCAAUCCCCGAAACUCACCAGGUCUGCUGGUCUCACCUGGUAACUUGAACAAGAAUAUGCAAGCAAAAUCUCCUCCCCCCAUGAAUUUAGGAAUGAAUAAUCGUAAACCAGAUCUCCGCGUUCUUAUCCCACCUGGCAGCAAGAACACGAUGCCAUCCGUGUCCGAGGAUGUUGACCUGCUUUUGAAUCAAAGGAUAAAUAACUCCCAGUCUGCUCAGUCAUUGGCUACCCCAGUGGUUUCCGUAGCAACCCCUACUUUACCAGGACAAGGCAUGGGAGGAUAUCCAUCAGCCAUUUCAACAACAUAUGGUACCGAGUACUCCCUGAGUAGCGCAGAUCUGUCAUCUCUGUCUGGGUUUAACACGGCCAGCGCUCUUCACCUUGGCUCGGUCACUGGCUGGCAACAACAGCACCUCCAUAACAUGCCGCCAUCUGCCCUGAGUCAGUUGGGAGCUUGCACUAGCACUCAUUUAUCUCAGAGUUCAAAUCUCUCCCUGCCUUCUACUCAAAGCCUCAACAUCAAGUCAGAACCUGUUUCUCCUCCUAGAGACCGUACCACCACCCCUUCGAGAUACCCACCACACACGCGCCACGAGGCGGGGAGAUCUCCUGUUGAUAGCUUGAGCAGCUGCAGUAGUUCCUACGACGGCAGCGACCGAGAGGAUCACCGGAAUGAAUUCCACUCCCCCAUUGGACUGACCAGACCUUCGCCGGACGAAAGGGAAAGUCCCUCAGUCAAGCGCAUGCGACUCUCUGAAGGAUGGGCAACAUGAUCACAUUAUUACUUAAUAGUUUUUUUUUUUUCUUGCAGUGUGUGUGUGUGCUAUACCUUAAUGGGGAAGGGGGGUCGAUAUGCAUUCUAUGUGCCGUGUGUGGAAAAAAAAAAAAAAGUCAGGUACUCUGUUUUGUAAAAGUACUUUUAAAUUGCCUCGGUGAUACAGUAUAAAGAUAAACAGAAAUGCUGAGA